AUGGCGUUCUUAACACAAAAGACCGAUGCGCGUAAGUUUUGGUCAUCGGGUGGGAAUUACCUCCAACGAUCGACCCUCCAUACUCCUGCCCGGUGUAUCUCAGGAUGCGAGAUAUCCGAUGAUGAAAUCAAGUACCAAACAUUCGAGGGAUCUAGUGAUCCUGCAAGGGACACCGAAGCCGCUAUGAUUCUCACAGCAGACAUUAACGAUUCACACUCAGGGCCAAAGGAUCUCACAGAUGCAGUAAUUGCUUCAAUGAAGGCAUACGAUCUCAACAAAUAG